AUGGCCAACACACCCCACGGCGGCGUCCUCAAGGACCUCAUCGCCCGCGAUGCCCCCAGACACGCCGAGCUCUCGGCCGAGGCCGAGACGCUCCCCGCGCUGCUGCUGAGCGAGAGGCAGUUGUGCGAUUUGGAGUUGAUCUUGACGGGUGGUUUCUCUCCUCUUGAGGGCUUCAUGACCGAGAAAGACUACAAUGGCGUCGUAAAAGACAACCGUCUGGCCGACGGCGCGCUGUUCUCCAUGCCGAUCACUCUUGAUGUUGACCAAGCGACGAUUGACGAGGUCAAGAUUGCGCCCGGGGCGCGGAUCACGCUGCGGGAUUUCAGAGAUGAUAGGAACUUGGCCAUCUUGACGGUGGAGGAUGUUUACAAGCCUAAUAAGGAGCUCGAGGCUAAGGAGGUUUUCGGCGGUGAUGAGGAGCAUCCUGCUAUUCAGUACCUUUACAACACCGCCAAGGAGUUUUAUGUCGGUGGCAAGCUUGAGGCUAUCAACAAGCUGCAGCAUUAUGAUUUUGUCGAGUUGAGAUACACUCCUGCUGAGCUCCGCGCUCACUUCGACAAGCUCGGCUGGGCCAAGGUUGUCGCUUUCCAGACCCGUAACCCGAUGCACCGCGCCCACAGGGAACUCACCGUCCGCGCCGCCCGCUCUCACCACGCCAACGUCCUCAUCCACCCCGUCGUUGGCCUCACCAAGCCCGGCGACAUCGACCACUUCACCCGUGUCCGUGUCUACAAGGCCCUUCUCCCCAGAUACCCCAACGGCAUGGCCGUCCUCGGCCUCCUCCCCCUCGCCAUGCGCAUGGGCGGCCCCCGCGAGGCCAUCUGGCACGCCAUCAUCCGCAAGAACCACGGCGCCACGCACUUCAUCGUCGGCCGUGACCACGCCGGCCCCGGCAAGAACUCCAAGGGGGUCGACUUCUACGGCCCCUACGACGCCCAGUACGCCGUCGAAAAGUACCGCGACGAGCUCGGCAUCGAGGUCGUCCCCUUCCAGAUGAUGACCUACCUCCCCGACAGCGACGAGUACGCCCCCGUCGACCAGAUCCCCAAGGGCGUCCGCACCCUCAACAUCUCCGGCACCGAGCUCCGCUCCAGACUCCGCAGCGGAAGGGAAAUCCCCGAGUGGUUCUCGUACCCCGAGGUCGUCAAGGUCCUCAGGGAGUCGCACCCUCCCCGUUCCCAGCAGGGUUUCACGGUCUUCCUUACCGGCUACCAAAACUCGGGCAAGGACCAGAUUGCCCGCGCGCUGCAGGUGACUCUCAACCAGCAGGGUGGACGGUCUGUCUCCCUUCUCCUCGGCGAAACCGUCCGCUCCGAGCUCUCUUCCGAGCUCGGCUUCAGCAGGGAAGACCGCGACAAGAACAUUGCCCGCAUUGCCUUUGUCGCCUCCGAACUUACCAGGUCAGGCGCGGCCGUCAUUGCUGCCCCCAUCGCCCCCUUCGAGCAGGCUCGCAAGCACGCCCGGGAGCUGGUGGAGAAGUAUGGUGACUUCUACCUCGUGCACGUCGCCACUCCGCUCGAGUACUGCGAGAAGACGGACAAGAGGGGGAUCUACGCCAAGGCGAGGGCGGGCGAGAUCAAGGGUUUCACUGGCGUGGAUGACCCCUAUGAGGCGCCCGAGAAGGCGGACUUGGUGGUUGAUUUGCAGAAGCAGAGCGUUAGGGGGAUUGUGCACCAGAUUAUUUUGCAACUGGAGGGCGCUGGGUUGUUGGAUAGGUUUUAAAAAUGGGUCGAGUAACGGGGGAAGAGCGAAAUGUGUCAUGAAUAGAUGGUUUGUUUUUUUAUUUUUUUUUUUAUUUUUUUUUUUUACAUUUUUUUUUUUCAGGUUUCUGUGUUUUUGAAAGGGUUGAGGGAAGGUAAAAGGGUUAUGUAGGGAAUAUAGGGACAAAUGAUGAACAAUACCACAACACAACUGGUUGAGAGUCU